UGCAUGCUCGUGUUUGGAUUGGUGGAAGCAGCAUGGCGCUGGUGGAGAGGCGCGCGCUGCUCCGGCACUCGGUCAGAACGCGAGGCGCGCGCGCUUGACUCGGAGGUGCAGAAGAUCGUUCCACCGAACGAGGAGCAGAACUUCGGUGUCCCACCUUCACCGUGUUCGUACUCUGCGGUUGAACAUGAGCUGAUUUUGUUUUUCUUGUUUCUUACGCGGCGCUGGAUCGAACAAUCAGACGCAGAAAGGAGAAGGAAGGAAAGAAGGAACUGGGAAGGAAUUUACGCUGAAGCGUUAUUUUGAUGUUUUGAGGUGCGGCGUGUUUCGCUCUUCUCAGGAGGUUCUUAUCACCAACAGCAUUUUAACCAAAUAAUAAUAAUAAAAAGAACAAUACCGACCGACGAUUGGUUUGCAAGCUGCACAAGUUUUGCAUCCGUUUGAUCAUUUUGAAAGUUUUUUCGGGGUGAAGCGGAGCGAGCUGACGCGCCUCGCGACUCCUACAUCAAUCAAGCUGUCUGAUGCGUCUCCGCUGGCGGAUUUCUCCCGAAACUGUCAUGGGGAAAACUAGUGCAAAGAUUGCGCGAUGGACUGCAUGCUUACCGCGCAUCAUUACACCAAUUUUACUGCUCGCCGUUUUCACCGGUACCAGCAGAGCUCAAGAUGAUGACUACUUGGGGUUGGGCGAUCUUCCCGAGACUUUUCCUUCAGACCCACCAGAGCCCCUCCCCCACUUCCUGAUGGAGCCUGAAGAGGCCUACAUUGUCAAAAACAAGCCCGUCAAUUUAUACUGCAAAGCCACGCCUGCCACACAGAUCUACUUUAAGUGCAACAGCGAGUGGGUUCCCCAGAAGGAGCACACGGUGGAGGAGCGUGUGGACGAGACCUCCGGUCUGGUGGUGAGGGAGGCGAGUAUCGAAAUCACGCGGCAGCAGGUGGAGGAGCUUUUCGGCCUUGAGGAUUUCUGGUGCCAGUGCGUGGCCUGGAGCUCUGCCGGGACCACGAAGAGCCGCAAGGCCCACGUCCGCAUUGCCUAUCUCAGAAAAUCCUUUGACCAAGAGCCUUUGGGGAAAGAGGUGUCUCUCGAACAGGAAGUGCUCCUCCAGUGCCGUCCACCUGAAGGAGUCCCUGCUGCAGAGGUCGAGUGGCUGAAAAACGAAGAGGUCAUUGACCCUGCAGACGAUCGUAACUUUUACAUCACUAUCGACCACAACCUGAUCAUCAAACAGGCUCGUCUGUCCGAUACCGCUAACUACACCUGUGUCGCCAAAAACAUCGUGGCCAAGAGGAGGAGCACCACAGCCACUGUUAUAGUCUACGUGAACGGAGGCUGGUCAACAUGGACCGAGUGGUCGGUGUGUAACAGUCGUUGUGGAAAAGGCUUCCAGAAAAGGACUCGGAGCUGCACCAACCCGGCGCCUCUCAACGGGGGAGCCAUAUGUGAAGGCCAAGCCAUUCAGAAACUGGCCUGCAACCCAUUAUGUCCAGUGGACGGUUUGUGGACAGAAUGGAGUAAAUGGUCAACAUGUGGGACAGAGUGCACCCACUGGAGAAGGAGAGAGUGCAGCGCACCAGCUCCGAAAAAUGGUGGCAAGGACUGUGAGGGCAUGGUGCUUCAAUCCAAGAAUUGUACCGACGGCCUGUGCAUGCAGAGUUCCCUAUAUCAGAAGUCCUCUGAACCAAAAGGCAAGAAUGAUGAUUAUGGAUAUCCAUCGGCCCCAAGCACAGAUGAUGUGGCUCUCUAUGUGGGCAUUGUCAUUGCCGUAAUCAUGUGCUUAGUCAUCUCCGUCAUCGUAGCCCUCUUCGUUUACCGCAAAAACCAUCGCGACUUCGACUCGGAUAUCAUCGAUUCCUCGGCUCUGAACGGCGGCUUCCAGCCAGUCAGCAUCAAGACCGCUCGCACAGCCGAUCUCCUGACCGCACCCCCUGACUUGACCUCGGCAGCGGCCAUGUACCGCGGCCCCGUCUAUGCCCUCCACGACGUGGCUGACAAAAUCCCCAUGACUAACUCUCCUUUGCUCGACCCCUUGCCCAACCUGAAGAUCAAAGUGUACAACUCAUCAGGCACGGUGACUCCUCAGGACGAUCUUUCCGACUUCUCAUCCAAACUUUCUCCCAAGUUGGCACACUCACUCAUCGACAACGACACCAUGGGACGACACACUCAGAGUCUGAUGCGCUCCCGAGACCCGUCCUGCACCGCCUUUGGCUCCUUCAACUCCCUCGGAGGCCACCUCAUCGUACCCAACUCAGGCGUGAGCUUGUUGGUGCCAGCAGGUGCUAUCCCUCAGGGACGAGUGUACGAGAUGUACGUGACGGUGCACAGGAAGGAGACAAUGAGACCUUUAGUGGACGACACUCAGACUGUUUUGAGCCCAGUGGUGAGCUGUGGGCCUCCUGGAGCUCUGCUCACCCGGCCGGUUGUCAUCACCAUGCACCACUGCACUGAAGCUGACAAUGAUGAUUGGCUUAUUCAGCUGAAGAGCCAGUCGCAGCACGGACAAUGGGAGGACGUGGUGGUGGUAGGGGAAGAGAACUUCACCACCCCCUGCUACAUUCAGAUGGACGUGGAGGCGUGUCAUAUCCUGACCGAGACGCUGGGGACGUACUGCUUAGUGGGUCAGUCAGUGAGCGCAGCCAGCGCUAAGAGACUGAAGCUGGCCGUGUUCGGCCCCGUCACCUGCACUGCCCUCGAGUACAACAUUCGCGUGUACUGUCUGGACGACACGCAGGACGCCCUCAAAGAGGUGCUGCAGAUGGAGAAGCAGAUGGGUGGGAAGCUCCUGGAUGAACCCAAGUCCCUAAACUUUAAGGACAGCACACACAACCUGCGUCUGUCGCUGCACGACGUCCCGCACACACAUUGGAAGAGCAAACUGCUGGCCAAAUACCAGGAGCUGGCGUUUCAACAAGUAUGGAGCGGUUCUCAGAGGAACCUGCACUGCACCUUUACUCUGGAGCGCUUCAGCGCUGCGACCGUGGAGCUGGCCUGUAAACUGUGUGUGCGCCAGGUGGAGGGCGAGGGCCAGAUCUUCCAGCUCAACACCACGCUGUCCGAGGACUCACAGUGUAUUGAUACGUCUCUGCUGGACCCUGCGAGUAACAUCACUACGCUGGUGGGCCCCAACGCUUUCCGAAUCCCUCCAUCCAUCCGCCAGAAACUGUGCAGCAGCCUGGACGCCCCUCAGACCCGCGGCAACGACUGGAGAAUGCUGGCACACAAACUUAACCUGGACAGGUAUUUGAACUACUUUGCCACUAAGUCCAGUCCAACCGGUGUAAUUUUGGAUCUGUGGGAAGCUCAGCACUUCCCCGACGGCAACCUGAACCGAUUGGCUGCCGUGCUGGAAGAGAUGGGUCGCCAUGAGAACAUUGUACCCAUGGCAACCGAGCACUGAUGGCCGUCAGCCACAGCGUGAGUGCAGAAGUGAUGGGUGAAUGACUGAGGGAAGGAGAGCAGAGGACUGGAGCACUGCAGCGGGACACACAGACACGGUGGCUUUUCCCUAACAGCUCUACGCAGGGACAGUCGAGCGGCGGCUCACAAACACUUUCGUUACCAUGGCUACGUGUACAAAACUAUGAAAAAAAAAUUCUAGAAGUUCGGAAUGGAGAAAAUUCAGGACAUAUUGUACUUUAAGCCCUGUUUGUACACUUGGUACUAUGGUACAGUCUGUUUUUCUUUUUGGUAUUUUGUUUUGGGGUUUUGUUUGUUUGUUUGUUUUUACUAUUUGUCAAAUCAGUUUCUUAGGAAACGCGUGAUUUCUGCUGUCCAGAUAUUGGACCUUGUCCACUUUUUUCUCUGACGUGUGGGAUAAUCAGUAAAAGACAGUGAUUGGGGUGUGUGUGUGUGUGUCUAGGCAAGGCCCAAAGUAAGACGAAUCAAAAGCAUUGAAACCCCUCGAGUGCCAUCAACCCGUGUCAGAUCCUAAUGUUUUCCAAUUCAAAUCGAAAAAGUUGAUAUAAAUGUUCCCUUUAUGAUGAUGAUGAUAUUUAAUAUUGCCUUUAUUUAUACUCAUUUAUUACUAUUUUUCCCCCCAUUCAGUGUCCCAUUAUGUAUUUAAUCCACUUCUUAUUUUUCUAACAUUUUUUUAAAGAAAACAAAUCUUGUAUUGUUUGCCGUGUACGUUUUUUUUUUUUUUUUUACAGUGCCACCCAAUGGGCAUUCUCUGCAACUACAAUUUAAAAAAAUAUGCAGCUUGUAAAUAAGCGUUCAAAACCAUUGUACAUGUAAUGUUCAACAAUGUUAUUGUUCAGUGACUUUUUUUCUGAUUAAUUGUGUGUUCGGUUGCAUUUGUGCUAAGUAUUUAAUCGCAACGUAACCAAGAAAAAAAAAAAGAAAGAAAAAUGGCAGCCAAAUGGCAGCUUGCUAUUUUUUUUUUUUUUAACGAAGGUCAAACUUUUGGAGGAUUUGUAAACAUUUCUCCACCUUUACUGACCUGUGUUCUCUGUUUUAGUCUGCUGGGAGAAAUCUGACCUUGAUGAAGGAAAUCAGGAAAACGGGCAGAGAGAGGAAAAAUAGCCACAGACCGGUUACGGAUUAGUCACGGGUUUUGUCCUAAACCGCAUACUAAUGCACUAAACCAAAUCUGAAAGACUUUUUUAUUAGUAGUUAUAAUAAUAAUAAUAAUAAUAAUAAUAAUAAUAAUAAAAAGACAGAUAGCAAAUCUAUACACCAUGGCUACGUCCAGAAUACCAGUUGUGGGUAAUAUAUAAAAAACAUAAGUUAUACUUAAAGGCAUUUUUAUGUUACAAUAAUAUUUUAGGAGAUUAGUACAGCAAAAACUAACAAAACCUUUUGCCCAUUAUGCCCUAAUUGAAUUCUUUAAAACAGAAGUGAAGGAAAAUGUCAUUUUCUGAAUAUUUUUUUAAAUAUCAAUACAAAAUUUUGACUUCAAAUUACCUGCUCUCAAAAUCUGUUUUAAAUUACCAAAAUGUAUUUUAAUUUGCCUCUAAGAACAAUAUCAGUAUUAUAUCAUCAAAUUGUCAACACAGUAUGAUACUAACAGUAACUAUGGCAACCCUUCAAAGGGUUAAUCUUAAUAGUGAAUCAUUUUAAUUUUAUGUGUUUUUUCCAUUUGGUAAAGAAAAUUGGGAUGUAGACAGGAGAACUGAGUGCUUUUAAAUGUUUUCUCUUCUUGAUUUUCAGUUUGUGGUUUCGGACUUUUCACAGCGACUCUGUUGUUGUGAUUGAAGCCGAGGCAGAGCUGCUGUACAUUAGAGAGUGGACUGAUGAGAGCGCAUGUCUCACGUUACGCAGAGUAUUCUGUAGUCGCCACUGUUGUCUUUUUCCCCUUUUCUUCGGUUUUUUUUUGCUCAUGUGAUUUUUGUUGUUCAUAUUUCUAAAGCUGUCUAUGCAACUUCUGCAUCCUCUCUUAAAAGAAAAAAAGAAUUGUACAUGCAUACAAAGCUCUAGCAGUUGCAUUCCAUAGUUCCCAUAGCUCUGGAUUAUUAUAUUUAUAGUGAGGAUGUUACCUAUUCUUUUAUGGCACGUUCAUGAUGUAAUUUGCAAAAACAAAAACAAAAAAAAAGCUUGCAUCUCCUCUGUGAAAUCUCUGUACAAAAUGUAAGAAAGAAUUUUUAAACAAGUAAUAAAUUAUAUUUAUAUGCAACACUGAA